AUGUCCACACCAAUCUCCAUCCCGGGCAAACACAACCUAGCCGUAUCCAUAUCCCCGACCACUACCACCAUCCAUGACAGAUUUCAAACCCGGAAGACUGGUGCAGUCGGUCCAAGGACACUCCAUUCCGUAGACAAUGGCGAUUUCCGUCUCCUUCUCCUCGAGAACAUCAGUAUGGAGGCCGUGAACGCUUUCCGAGAGAGGGGGUUCCAUGUAGACCACCACGCAAAAGCCAUGUCAGAGGAUGAGCUAUGCGAAAAGAUUCCUCACUACCAUGGAAUAGGCAUUCGAAGCAAAACAAGAAUAACAGAGAAGGUCAUCAGGGCUGCGACGAAGCUCGUAGUGAUAGGGUGUUUCUGUAUAGGCACCAACCAGGUCGAUCUAUCAGCCUCUGCGCGAGCUGGUAUCCCCGUUUUCAACUCACCAUUCUCCAACUCUCGCUCGGUGGCAGAACUCGUGAUGUCGGAGCUCGUUGCGCUGUCACGCCAACUCUUCGAGCGCUCCUACGAGCUCCGUCAAGGGAUCUGGAAUAAGCAAUCGAAAGGUUGCUGGGAGAUUCGUGGCAAAACAUUGGGUAUUGUGGGAUAUGGUCACAUCGGUUCACAAUUGUCCGUCCUCGCGGAGGCAUUUGGGCUGCGGGUCCUCUUCUACGAUGUCGUCAACAUCAUGCCAUUGGGCUCUGCGCGCCAAGUCGAGUCGCUCAGCGCCUUGCUCAGGGAAUCUGAUUUCGUCACACUCCACGUCCCAGAGUUACCGGAAACCAUGAACAUGAUGUCGACGGAUCAAUUCGCCGAAAUGAAGUCUGGGUCAUACUUGAUUAAUAACGCUCGUGGCACGGUUGUGGACAUACCUGCCCUAGUCGAGGCUCUCAAGAGCAAACACCUGGCAGGCGCUGCCAUCGAUGUAUUCCCAGCCGAACCCGGUUCCAAUGGCGCACCAUUCGACGAUCAACUCAAUCCUUGGGCUUCUGAACUCCGCGCUCUCCCCAAUGUCAUACUCACACCCCACAUCGGCGGCUCGACAGAAGAAGCACAGAGGAUGAUUGGGGAAGAGGUUUCUUCUGCUCUCAGCCGUUACCUUGGGUUUGGCACGACGCUUGGUGCUGUCAAUUUCCCAGAGGUUGACCUACGUGCGAUCACGACCGAGCAAAGCAACUCUAUCCGCGUCUGCCACGUACACAAGAACCAGCCCGGUGUGCUCAAGCUUGUCAACGAAGCUCUUUCGCCAUAUAAUGUGGAGAAGCAAUACUCCGAUUCGAAAGGCGAUAUCGCGUACCUCAUGGCUGAUAUUGCGGACGUCAGCCUGAACGAUGUGAAGCGGCUUAGGGAGACCAUAGAUAGGACGGAAGCUAAUAUUCUUACUCGCUUCUUAGCCUAA